CGGUAAAAACCUCAUAUGUGUCAGUUUCUGAUUGAUCGAUUAAUUUUAACCUAAGAAAAAAGAAAAAUCCUCUCUCCCGAUAUAAACGAGAGAAUUUUUUUUUUGCUUUUCCGAUCUCCCUCUCUUCUCCACAUCUCUCUCCCUCUCUUCUGAUCAGGUUUUACUGAUUCGAUAUCCACCUUUUUGUUGAUUUGAUCUGAUGGAUCAUCGUUUUGGGCUUGUUUUUUUUUUUUUUAAGUUUAGCUCCUCCGAUCUGAACCCAUGUCUAUUCUUCUUCAUCUUCCUCCUCACGGAUCCAUUUUUAGAGGUUUAUUUAACCUUUGAAUCCGUUUUGAUAUUGUGGGAAGAGUGGGGUUUUGGUGUUUCGCUUUGAAUCGUUUUCCGACUUAUUGUUAAGUUGUUUGAAGCGGUCCUUACUUCUCACCCUGUUAUGAGUACUCAAAAUGUUGAUUAGAGCAUGCAAAGGCUCUGGCUACUAAGGAAAUUGAGUCACUGAAGGAUGGACUUGCUUCUGACAAAUCAUGUCCGAGUCUUGAGCUCUUUGAUCAGUGUAAAAGCUCGGAUUUGAUCAGUGUAAAAGCUCGGAUUUGUCUGAGUUGGAGGCAUGGACUUUACCUCGUUCACUUGGAACUCCAGUGAAUCAUACGAGUGUGCCAUCUUCAUAUGAACACAUUGUAAAGCAAACCCCAUGCUUGAUUUUCACAAGUACAUGGAUGCGUGCUCUUGAGGAUGAUUUCAAACAACUCGUUGGUAUUAGUUGGUAUCUUUAGAUCUUUGUCGUCAUCUUCUUGCUGCUGAAUGUUAAUGAUUCUCUGAAUCCGGAAGAGGAUUCAUGAAUCCAUCUCGUCUCUGUAACUAAGCUCCUGUUUCUCGUUUUCUCUGUUCCCGAAGCUUCUAGAAUCAUCAAUGGCGGAGUUCAUCUGUUUAUUCGGCAAGGACAGUGCAGCUAUUGUAAUAAAGCCACCAAAGAGAUCACCUUUGUUCUUGAGGAUGAUAGUUUUGGUGUUUGCUAUGGUUUGUGGUCUCUACAUCUGCUCCGUCUGCUUAAAACAGUUUGGUAAUGUCAAUCUCCAAAGCUCCCAACUUGUUCCAAACCCUAUCGAUUCUCACUCAUUACACGUUUUUACUCGGAUUCACUACCCAAAGCCACAGACUUUCAACAGAGCUGAAUGUGGGCAUAACCCGGUGAGGUUCUUUGCGAUAUUGUCGAUGCAGAGAUCAGGAAGCGGUUGGUUCGAAACUUUGUUGAAUAGUCAUAACAAUGUUAGCUCUAACGGUGAGAUUUUCUCGGUUUUGGAUCGAAGAAGAAACAUUUCUUCAAUCGUUCAGACUCUUGACAGAGUUUAUAAUCUCGAUUGGUUUACGAGCGCUUCAAAGAACGAAUGCUCUGCUGCGAUUGGAUUCAAAUGGAUGCUUAACCAGGGUUUGUUGGAUAACCAUGAAGAGAUUGUAGAUUACUUUAACAGAAGAGGUGUCUCUGCUAUAUUCUUAUUUAGAAAGAACCCUCUAAGAAGAAUGGUUUCUGUGUUGGCAAAUUCUUAUGAUCGCUACGCUAAGCUAUUGAAUGGAACUCACAAGUCUCAUGUUCAUUCUCCUCAAGAGGCAGAUGCACUUUCUAGGUAUAAGCCGGUGAUCAACUCAACAUCGUUGAUCCACGAUUUACAAGAAACAGAGAAUUUAGCUGCAAAGGCUUUAGAGUAUUUCAAUACCACCCGUCAUAUGGUUGUCUUCUACGAAGAUCUCAUAACAAAUCGAACGAGAUUGAAACAAGUUCAAGAGUUUUUGAACAUUCCUGUGAAAGAUUUGUCGAGCAGACAGGUGAAAAUACACAGGGGGGAUUUGUCGGAUCACAUCAAGAACUGGGAAGAUAUCAACAAGACAUUGAAUGGGACUGAGUACGAGAAGUUUCUACGAGCAGAUUAUUAGUGUUUUUAACUAUCUACAGAGACUUUCUUCUAAAGGGUUUACAAAAUGCAAAAAAGGGUCUUUCUUGUUGAAGCUUUCUCUACUUUCUAGGUUCUUCUGCUCAACUACUUGUUGAUCUUUUACUUUCUCCUCUUAUCCCUUUAGAACAGAAAUCAUUUUGUUUCUUUUUCUUCAGUAUUCUCAAUUGGGUUGUAUAGGGAAUGAAAAAGUGGGAAAUGAAUUGCUUUUAGUGUUAAUUGCUUACUUUUAGAGGUGAAUUAAGUUGUUUUGUGAUAGUUGAUUUGAGUUUUGUUCUUUCA